CAUGGACCCUUUGAUCAAUAGGGCUUUUUGCCUCUAGCCGUUCUCACUAUAUAUAUAGAUGAGUAAAGCGAUAGACAAACAAGUAAGUAAGAGAAAAGAGCAAAAGAAGAAGAAGAAGAAGAAAUAGUAAUGGCUUCCUCUAUGCUCUCCUCCGCCGCUGUUGUUACUUCACCGGCUCAAGCCACCAUGGUCGCUCCAUUCACCGGCUUGAAGUCAUCCGCUGCAUUCCCAGUCACCCGCAAGACCAACACCGACAUUACUUCCAUCGCAAGCAACGGAGGAAGAGUUAGCUGCAUGAAGGUGUGGCCACCAAUUGGAAAGAAGAAGUUUGAGACUCUCUCUUACCUUCCUGACCUUACCGAAGUUGAAUUGGCUAAGGAAGUUGACUACCUUCUCCGCAACAAGUGGAUUCCCUGUGUUGAAUUCGAGUUGGAGAACGGGUUUGUGCACCGUGAGCACGGAAGCACUCCCGGAUACUACGAUGGACGUUACUGGACAAUGUGGAAGCUUCCUUUGUUCGGAUGCACUGACUCAGCUCAAGUGUUGAAGGAAGUGCAAGAGUGCAAGAAGGAGUACCCCCAGGCCUUCAUUAGGAUCAUCGGAUUCGACAACACCCGUCAAGUCCAGUGCAUCAGUUUCAUCGCCUACAAGCCACCAAGCUUCACCGAUGCUUAAGUCACUUUCUCUUAAAUCAUUCAUAUAAUAUUCUCAUUUGCAUUUCCAAUUGUCUCUGUUUCUUUUUUUCUUGGAUUUCUGUUUCUGAGACAUUUUCUAUCGAUCGGAUUGUCAAAAUGUCUGAUUUAUGAAUAUGUAAUUUAUGUUUCCCUCUU